AUGGUUUAUGGCUAUACCAGUGGUGGCUGUGUGGUGUCUCCUGUGUCAGUGCACCAGCUUGGCCUCAGUUCUGCUUCUAGAGGAGAUAACGUGGUGAUCACUAGCACUGGCCCGAUCCAGGGAAAACACAUCAUGACAGAGUCUGGCAUGGUGACAGCUUUCUUGGGAAUCCCAUAUGCUGAACCUCCUGUGGGGGAACUGCGUUUCCAGAAGCCCCGUCCCCAUCAGCCGUGGAGUCACACCCUGGUGGCCACAAGCUUUGGCAAUUCCUGCCACCAAGAGAGUUCGGGUCUUCCUACUUAUCAACAAGUGCUAGAUUCAGAACCCACUUUGCCAGUUUCUGAAGACUGUCUCUUCCUGAACAUCUGGGUGCCUCAUCCCUGUCCCUCUGCACCAGCCCCUGUCUUUGUUUGGAUCCAUGGAGGUGCCUUUUUCAUGGGUACUGGCUCUUAUGAUAGAAGUCUCCUAGCCGCCACUGAGAACAUCAUUGUGGCAUCUAUGAACUACCGUCUGGGCUCCUUGGGCUUUCUGGCUCUACCCCCAGGUGCUCCAGGGAAUGCUGGGUUGUGGGACCAAUACUUGGCACUGAGUUGGCUGAAGGAAAACAUAGCUGCCUUUGGGGGAGAUCCAACUCGGCUAACCUUGGGGGGUCAAAGUGCUGGGAGUGCAUCAGUGGGUUUCCACCUCCUCUCACCGGUCAGCCAACACGUCUUUGCUCAGGCCACUUUACAAAGUGGAGCUGCCAUUUCCCCUUGGGCUUGGGUGAGUCCCGAAGAGGCCAAGGUCAGAGCGAGAACUCUAGGUCAGAUGUUGGGCUGUGCAGAGAAUGAUGACACAGAUGUGAUGAGCUGUCUGAAGAGGAAGGAUCCGGAAGAACUCAUGCAGAAGUUACCUGAUAUGGAGCUAAGGGAUCUGGUAAGUACUACAUUUGUGCCAACAACAGAUGGGGAAUUCCUUCCAGAUGACCCUCAGACUCUUCUGGACACUAGGAGGUUCCUACUUAAGCCCAUACUGACUGGCUUCACCCUUGAUGAGGGCACUAUAUUCCUCUACGAUAAUGCUCCUGGUUUCAGCCUAUCAAGUGAGAGCCUGAUCAGUCAUAAGCAGUUAUUGGAGGGCCUCCAUCUUGUGGCACCAAAGGCUUCUGACUGUGCCAUUAAGGCUGCUGCAUUCAUCUAUACACAUUGGAAGGAUGGGGAAGAGCGAUAUCGCAAUGCGAUGAUCAAAGCUACUGGGGACCAUCUCUUCUUGUGUUCUGUGGCUGAGGUGGCCUCCCAGAUGGCAGAGGCUGGAAGCCAGGUUUUUUCCUACAUCUUUACUCACCGCCCCCCCUUUGAAGGUGCACCUGACUGGAUUGGGGUGCCCCAUUGUGCUGAGUUGCCUUAUCUGUUUGGUAACAUACUAUCUAUGACAGGAAGCAAUUUCACAGACACAGAGACUGAAACGAUAUUGAGCCAAAGAGUUAUGCAUUAUUGGGGACAGUUUCUGAGAACCGGGUCUCCUAAUGGGGAAAAUGGCACAGAGUGGCCUCUUUUCACUGGACAGAAUUUCUUCCAUAUUGACACAGAGACAGCUCAGGCUGAGAAAAUGUCACCCACCUUGUAUUGUGGAAUCUGGGGGUUGUUGGACCCCAGAAAUUGUGAAAAAGCCUGA